UCUCCAGUAUGUGGGAUGAGUGCGAUACCGGACUGUUGUGGCAGACGGAGAUACACACCGCACACACACCCGAGGACUUCUUCGCUUAUCCCAGGCGGGGAAAUUCUUUACACUUACUCACAGUUUGUCGAUUCGGUGGUAAUUGUCAAUUUGUGGUCCUUUUUCUUUUUUCUUUCUUUCUUUUUUUUUUUUGCUCGAUAUUUUUUUUCUUUUUUUCCCUUUUCUAAACAUUGCAUCAAAGGAAUAAUUGCGCCUAAGGAGAGUGGUUGACACCGACGAGUCGCAUAAUGACAUCUCCGAGAAUUCAACCUCUGUGAGAAGGAGGCGACGUACUGGCUCCGACACGGAAGAAGAAGCGCACCGCGCGCCCCUGAUUUGGAUUACAGCGGCUCGUCGCGGUCGCCUUUGGUUGCGUUGUUGUUGUUGUUGUUGUUGUUGUUUCGUCCUAAAAAAAUUGUGCCGAUAAAUGAAUUUCAACCCGCUCCGCUCCUCGCUUCCCUCCUGCUGUCGCCCGUCCAACCCCCCGCGCUGCUCCGAUCCAGAUGAAAGAUCCCCCCGGCGGAACUGAACCGGUUUUACGCAGUCAGUCACCCGACCAGACCGGCGACCUCAGAGGAAGAUCCCAGCAGACAGGGGCGGAUAAAUCUGCGGAAGAAGCUCCCGUAUCCAGGCCUUCUCCCUCCGACCCUUCACGCCAAGCCAAGCGACUCCCCAUCCGGAUACUGAAGAUGUUGACGGCACACAGCAGCCACUUGCUGCACCCGGAGUAUCUCCAACCCCUCACGUCAGCGCCGAUAAGCAUCGAACUGGAUGCAAAGAAGAGUCCCUUAGCCCUGCUGGCCCAGACCUGUUCCCAGAUUGGCAAGCCAGACCCUCCCUCCUCCUCCAAGCUGGCCUCCCUCUCCGCGGGCAGUCUGGCGGACAAGGAGUCAUCCAGUCGGUCGACCAAGGCGUCAGAGCAGAACCAGACUCUGGACGACAAGUCCAGCUUCAAGCCUUACUCCAAAUCAGGGGGAGAGUGUCGUAAGGAUGUGCUGUUGACAAAGGGGCUUUCAGACAAAUCCGGUUUCAGGGUCCCCAAUGGAGGAACCAGUGCAGGCAGUGCCUCCUGUCCAUCCUUUGCUUCUCACUCCCAGUCUCCCAGCUCCAGCUCCCCUCCCUUGCACACUCAGAACCAGUCUCACAGACAGAGCCAUUCACCAUCCACACAGCCACCGCCACCGCCGCUCACCCAGGCCGUGCACGCAGACAACAAGCCUGGCAGUUUGGAACAGGCCAGUUCAGACAGCGGAAACAGCAGUGCCGGGAAAAAAGACUCCGAUUCUGGUAAGUCUGGUAUGGAUGGGGCUCAGCUAGCUAACUCCAGCCACGUGCGAGCCAGUGCAAACUCCAGCAAUGCCAGCUCCGCUAGCAGCCCACGGCCGGAGAGCAAAGCCGACUCCCAAACGUCUCAGCCCAGUCUGAGCUCUGGACACAUUGCUCCUGUCUCCCCCUUCAAACCAGGCCAUUCCGUCUUCCCCCUGCCUCCCGCCACCAUGGGCUACCAUGGCUCCAUAGUAGGAGCCUACGCAGGAUACCCUUCACAGUUUGUUCCCGGAUUGGACCCAGCUAAAUCGGGCCUAGGUCUUGGACUCCCAGGGAAGCACUCCUCCAGCUCCAGCCCACUCACUGGUGCCUCACCUCCUUCCCUGAUGCAGGGCUUAUGUCGGGACCCGUAUUGUCUGACGUACCCCAAUGCCCCCCAUCUUGGAGGCAGUAACUGCUCCACCUGUGUCCACGACCCCUCCUCUGGCCUAAAAUCUGGAUUUCCUCUGGUUUACCCCUCCCACCAUCUCCACUCCCUCCACCCUAGCUCCCUGUCCUCCAGCGCCACCUCCUCCCUGUCCCAUCCACUCUAUACAUACGGCUUCAUGCUCCCCAAUGAACCCCUGCCCCACGCCUGCAACUGGGUGUCUGUUGGAGGUCCAUGUGACAAGCGCUUUUCUACAUCAGAGGAGCUGCUCUCGCACUUGCGUACCCACACGGCUUUGCCCGGCAUGGUGGACAGUAAGCUGCUGUCAGCCUACCCCUCCUCGGUUUCCUCACCGGCCUCCUGCCAUCUCCACCUGCCUCCACCCAGCAGCCCCGGCACCCUUCCCAGCUCCUUCUCACUCCGCGGUUCUCCCGGUUUGGGCCUGGCUCGCUACCACCCUUAUGGCAAGGCUCACCUGCCCGGAGCCCCAGGCCUUCCCAUGCAAUCGCUCCCCUCCUCCUCAGCCUAUUACUCUCCUUAUGCCCUCUACAGCCAGAGACUGGGCUCAGCCUCCGCCCUGGGGUACCAGUGACAUCUGAGAAAACAGUCAUGCCCAUAGAGAGCAGGGCAGGCACCGGCUUGGACCCUUCAGACAAGCCUUGAAGAUGGACCCCACCAGAUGGAGAUGUGUCUGUGUGUGUGUGCGCGCACAUGUGUGUGCAUGUGUGCGUGUGUGUGUGUUGUGGGGUCAUCGCCUGUGCAUGGCGCCCUGCCUGCCUCCUUUUCCCUGCCAGGAAUACCACCUGUUGGCCUCAGGAUUUUGACUGGCGUUCAAAAAGGGCAGAGGCCCAACACGUCUGGAUUGUCUGCAGCAUAGGAACCCCAGAGACGUACCGAUGAAAGACGCUGGGAAAUUGGAGCUCCAGUAUGAUGAGAGUGCAGGAUUAUAACAGUGGUUUUGUUUUUUGGUUUUCACUAUGUCUGUCUCCCAAGGACUCAGAAUCUGUAUUUAUUUUCCGCUCAAGCGCUUGGUAUUCAACUUUGGGGGAAAAAAUAUGCUGUCCAAAUGAAAUGUUCAUAGAUAUUCUACUGAAAAAGAAUGAUUUAAGUAUAGUACCAUUAUGCCUAUCAUACACUAAAAAUAAAAUUCUUGCACCAAGAUGAAGAUGGACUGUGAGGCUUUAUUCUGGGACCUCUUUUUAUCCCUUUUCCCUCUUUGCAG